AUGGCGAGAUCAAAUGGUUUCAUACACAAGCGUAACGCUGGAGACAGUACCGGUGCAAACGUCACUCCCCUAGGCGCCGCCCCCGAGCGACCAUCGAAGCGAAUAAAGCUACUCGACGACAGCGCUUCCGAGGCCAGCGAUGCAGAAAGCCCAGAUCAAGCCGACGAGAACAGCGAGUCUGACGGUGGAGUCUCACUCAGAAUCAACGAAGAAUACGCGCGCCGCUUCGAACACAAUAAGAAGCGGGAGGAGAGGCAUAGGCUCGAAGAGAAGCAUGGCAAGACUAGCCUCGCCAAGGAAGACGACGGUGGCGCCUCCGGGUCAGAUGAAUCCUCUUCGGAGGAUGAGUCAGAGGACGACGAGGGCUUACUAGCUACGGAGGACCUGGACGCCGAGAUUUCCGCUACGCUGCAAGCGAUCCGAUCGAAGGACCCGAGGGUAUACGACAAGAGCACUACGUUUUAUAGGGAAGAGGAUGAUGCUACCGAACCGGCCAAUGGCGAAAAGAAGGAGAAGCCGAUGUAUCUGCGGGACUACCAUCGUAAAAAUUUACUCGAGGGGAACAUAGACGCCGAGGAUGAGAAUGAUGUACCUCCGCAGACAUACGCGCAAGAGCAAGAGGCUCUGAGGAACAGUCUGGUUAAAGAGAUGCACGCUGCAGCUGAACAAGACGGCCAGGUUUCAAGCUCAGACGACGACGACGGCUUCCUCCGCAAGAAGCAGAAGCCCGCAAAAGACACCUCAGUCCCCACCGCAACCAAGAAAACCAGACCCGUCAUCACAGACACCGACGUCGCCACCGCCGAAAAAGACCCCGAGACCUUCCUCUCCAAUUUCCUACAAGCCCGCGCCUGGGUCCCCGACGCCCUCUCGCGCUUCCAGCCCCUCGAAUCUGACGACGAAGAAGAAGAGCGCCGCGCCGAAGAAUUCGAAGAAGCGUACAAUCUCCGCUUCGAGAACUCCGAAGGCGCGAACGAGAAGCUGAUGACGCACUCCCGUGACGCAGCUGCCAAGUACUCCGUGCGGCGCGAUGAGCUGAGCGGCCGCAAGAAGGUGCGCGAGACGCAGCGGGCGAGGAGGGAGGCUGAAAAGGCGGAGCGGGAGGAGGAGAAGGCGAGGUUGCGGAAGCUGAAGAUCGAGGAGCUGGAGGAGAGGGUGGGAAGGAUUAAGGAGGCGGCAGGGCUAAGGGGUAAGAGUGUGCAGAUGGAUGAUUGGGCGAAGGUGCUUGAUGAGGAUUGGGAUGAUGAUCGUUGGGAUCAGGAGAUGAAGCGACGCUUUGGGGAGUCGUAUUAUGCUGAGGGUGAUGAAGCGGGGGUCUCGGGCGUGUCGAGCGAUGAAGAAGGCGCCGUAGGCGGCAAGAAGAAGCGAAAGGUCAAGAAACCGAAGUGGAAUGACGAUAUCGACAUCAAAGAUUUGGUGCCAGACUUCUCGGACGACGAUGCGGCUAAACCGGCCUUCACAUUAACGGACGACGAAGCUGAUGUCGGUGGGCCUGAGAAUGGACAGGACGCCAGCGACAUAGACAUGGAUGGCGUUGACGAGCCAUCUACAAGCAGCAAGCCGAGAACCAAAAAGGACCGCCUCGCAGCUAAAGCAGACGCAAAACGCGCCGCGCGCAAAGAACGCCGCAUCAUUGAGACAGUCGUAGACCAGAACCUCGAAGCCUCUCUCCCCCAGUCCAGCAAGAAUGGCGCAGCAUUCCGGUACCGAGAAACAUCGCCCACAACCUUCGGUCUCACGCCGCUAGAUAUCCUACUUGCGGAUGAUAGUCAGCUCAACCAGUACGCUGGCCUCAAGAAGAUGGCGGCGUUCCGAGAUCAGGAGAAGAAGCGCAAGGAUAAGAAGAAGCUUGGCAAGAAGGCGAGGCUGAGGCAGUGGCGGAAGGAGACGUUUGGUAAUGAGAGUGAGCCGAAACCUGGGGCUUGGAAGGCCAAGCUGGGUACUGCGAAUGAGGGGGAUGGGCUGCGAGGUCCUGCAACUGGUUCUACUGAUCAGGCUGAGGUUGAUGUAAGAGAGGGUAAGAAGAGAAGACGGAGGCCGAAGAAGAAGGCUGGUGGAGAGGUAGCAGCGUAG